AGUCGGGAGCGGGUAGUCCUCGGCGGCGAGGCGCGCAUGCGCCCCGGGGCUCGGUCAACGGAGGCGGCCAUGGACGCGCUGGAGUCGUUGUUGGACGAGGUGGCCCUGGAGGGACUCGAUGGCUUGUGUCUGCCCGCCCUGUGGAGUCGUCUGGAGACCCGGGUGCCUCCUUUCCCACUGAUUCUGGAGCCGUACACGCAGGAGUUCCUGUGGCGGGCCCUGGCCACGCACCCGGGCAUCAGCUUCUACGAGGAGCCUCGCGAGCGACCCGACCUGCAGCUCCAAGACCGCUAUGAAGAAAUUGAUCUGGAGACGGGGAUUCUGGAGUCCAGGCGGGACCCGGUGCCUCUGGAGGAUGUCUACCCCAUCCAUAUGAUCCUGGAAAACAAGGACGGCAUCCAGGGCUCCUGCCGCUACUUUAAGGAGAGGAAGAACAUAACCAGCAGCAUCAGGACCAAGACGCUGCAACCCCGCUGUACCAUGGCCGAAGCCUUUGACAGGUGGGGCAAGAAGUUGAUCAUUGUCGCCUCCCAGGACUUGCGCUACAGAGCCCUGAUAGGCAUGGAGGGGGACCCCGACCUCAAGCUCCCUGACUUCUCCUACUGCAUUUUGGAGCGGUUAGGCCGGUCCAGGUGGCAAGGGGAGCUGCAGCGAGACCUUCACACCUCGGCUUUUAAGGUGGACGCCGGGAAGCUGCAUUAUCACCGGAAAAUUCUCAACAAAAACGGACUCAUCACCAUGCAGUCACACGUGAUCCGAUUGCCCACGGGAGCCCAGCAGCACUCAAUCCUCCUCCUCCUGAACCGCUUCCACGUGGACAGGAGGAGCAAGUACGACAUUCUCAUGGAGAAGCUGUCCAUGAUGCUGAGCACGCGCAGCAACCAGAUGGAGACACUGGGCAAGCUUCGAGAGGAGCUGGGGCUGUGUGAAAGGACAUUUAAACGUCUCUACCAGUACAUGCUGAACGCGGGGCUGGCCAAGGUGGUGUCCCUUCCCUUACAGGAGAUUCACCCUGAAUGUGGACCGUGUAAGACCAAGAAAGGGACGGACGUCAUGGUGCGGUGCCUUAGGCUGCGGAAGGAGUUCAAGCGGAAGGUGGACGAUGACCACGAUGAUGAUGAUGACGAGGAGGUCAUCUCCAAGGCCGUGCCACCGGUGGACAUUGUUUUCGAGCGGGACAUGCUCACACAGACCUAUGAGCUCAUUGAGCGCAGAGGCACAAAAGGAAUUUCCCAGGCUGAGAUCCGAGUGGCCAUGAACGUGGGGAAGCUGGAGGCCAGAAUGCUGUGUCGGCUUCUUCAGAGGUUCAAGGUUGUCAAGGGCUUCAUGGAAGACGAGGGUCGGCAGCGGACCACCAAGUACAUCACCUGUGCAUUCGCUGAGGAGAGCGACCUGAGCCGCCAGUAUGCGCGGGAGAAGGCGCGCGGGGAGCUGCUCACCACGGUGAGCUUGGCCUCGGUGCUGGAGGAUGCCCUGCUGCCCGAGCCUGAGGGAGAGGACGCCUUCCUCUCAGAGUCGGACAGCGAGGAGGAGCGCCGCACCAGCAAGCGCAAGGGCCGGGCGCACCAGGGCUCUGCCAGGGCCUCCGCGGACGCCGGCCCUGGCUCACAGCCCCACCACGCUACACAGGGCAAAGGUGGGUGGAAGGCCGGAAAUCUGAAGGUACAGCCAUCUUCCUCUCUGGGAACAGCCGAGGAAAAAGGCUUGGGGGCCAGAGACGGCUUUGGGGACACCAGCAGCUCCUCGGACCUGGUGUCCUGUGUGGAGAGCAAUGGUGGGGACAUCGCUGUGAUCGAGGAGGUCCGGCUAGAUAAGGAGAUCAGCAGUUCCCAGAAGAGCGGGAGACACGGCACGGGCCAGGAUAACUCCCACAAAACCUACCGCCUGCUGAAGCGUAGGAACCUGAUCAUCGAGGCCGUCACCAACCUCCGCCUCAUCGAGAGCCUCUUCACGAUUCAGAAGAUGAUUAUGGACCAGGAGAAACAGGAGGGCGUGGCCACCAAGUGCUGUAAGAAGUCCAUCGUUCGCCUGGUGCGGAACCUGUCCGAGGAGGGGCUCCUGCGGCUCUACCGGACCACCGUGGUGCAGGAUGGCAUCAAGAAGAAGGUGGACCUGGUCGUGCACCCAUCCAUGGAUCAGAAUGACCCUCUGGUCAGAAGUGCCAUCGAGCAGGUUCGCUUCCGCAUCUCCAACUCAAGCACUGCCAACAGGGUGAAGAUUCCCCAGCCCCCAGCACCCCAAGAGGAGAUUGAAGAAGAAAGUCCCGAAGCAGAGGGCCAGAGCGGCCCGGGAGACUCCUCCUAUCUAACCAGCCCCUCUAAGUCUGACAGCACUCGGGCAAAGAAGACGGAAGAGAAAAUGGGUGUGGCUCCACUUAAAAAUUACAAGCCAGUUGUAGUUCCGGGACUUGGGCGUUCCCAGGGGUUUCUGCCCAAAAUGCCUCGGCUGCGGGUGAUCCACACGUUCCUGUGGUACCUAAUCUACGGGCACCCAGCCAGCCACUCGGUGGAGAAGAUGGCCUUCAGCAGUGAGAGGAGACAGGGCAAGGCGGGAGCCCAGCGCUCCUCCCUGGGGAGUGACUGGGAGGCCUCCGAUGCCAAGGACCGCCUGGAAGGCAUUGCUCUCGAGACUGAAGUGGAGCGCUCCCCAGAGACAGUGUACGUGGAUGAUGCCUCAUGGAUGCGCUACGUUCCUCCCAUCCCAAUCCACAGGGACUUCGGCUUUGGCUGGGCUCUUGUCAGUGACAUUCUUCUCUGCCUGCCCCUCUCCAUCUUCGUCCAGAUUGUGCAAGUCAGCUACAAGGUGGACAACCUUGAGGAGUUUCUGAACGACCCCCUGAAGAAGCACACACUCAUCCGGUGCCUCCCCAGGUCCAUCCGGCAGCAGCUCCUUUACAAGAGGCGGUACAUCUUCUCAGUGGUAGAGAACCUUCAGAGACUGUGCUACAUGGGACUUCUGCAGUUUGGCCCCACAGAAAAGUUCCAGGACAAAGAUCAGGUCUUCGUGUACCUGAAGAAGAAUGCGGUCAUCAUCGACACCACCAUCUGUGACCCACAUUACAACAUGGCCCACAGCACACGGCCCUUUGAGAGGCGCCUCUACGUGCUGGACUCCAUGCAGGACGUGGAGAGUUACUGGUUUGACCUGCAGUGUGUCUGCCUCAACACCCCACUAGGCGUGGUACGCUGCCCAUGCGUCCAGAAGAGCAGCCAGGGGCAGGGUGAGGAACAGGAGGGCAGCCUGCAGAAGGAGCAGGAGAAUGCCAUCGACAAGCACAACCUGGAGCGCAAGUGUGCCAUGCUGGAGUACACCACGGGGAGCCGAGAGGUUGUGGAUGAGGGCGUGGUACCUGGAGAUGGGCUGGGAGCCGCUGGGCUCGAUUCUAGUUUCUAUGCCCACCUUAAGCGCAACUGGAUCUGGACCAGUUAUGUCAUCAACAAAUCCAGAAAGGAGAAUGUUGUCGCCGAGAGUGGGUUCACCAUGAGGCUGCAGACCUUCCUGUCCAGGCGCCCCAUACCGCUGGCUGCAGGAGGUACCGGCCGGCUGCCGGUCUGGGGAGACUCGAAAACAAGCACGGAGUUCUUUGCGGAGCGGGAGGAGCUGCUGCAGCUGGAGCAAGAGCCACUGCUGGGCCGCACCCAUCGAGUGCAGGGCGGCAGGAGCCAGAAGCGGAGGCGCGCGAAGAAGGACCCUGGGAAGAGGACCAAGAGGAGUAAGAAAGGGGAGCUUCCAGAACCCGCAGACAAGCGGCUGCGCUACCACGAUGAGGCUGACCAGAGUGCCCUGCAGAGGAUGACACGACUGCGUGUGUCCUGGUCCACGCAGGAGGACGGCCUGCUCAUGCUGUGCCGCAUCGCCAGCAACGUCCUUAAUGCCAAGGUGAAGGGCCCAUUCGUCACAUGGCAGGUGGUGCGGGACAUUCUACACUCUACCUUCGAAGAGUCCCUGGACAAAACUUCUCACUCGGUUGGCCGGAGAGCCCGCUACAUAGUCAAAAACCCUCAGGCCUAUCUCAACUACAAGGUCUGCCUGGCCGAAGUGUACCAGGAUAAAGCUCUUGUUGGAGACUUCAUGAACCGAAGGUGUGACUACGAAGACCCAAAGGUUUGUGCCAACGAGUUUAAGGAAUUUGUGGAGAAGCUGAAGGAGAAGUUCAGUUCAGCACUGAAGAACACGAACAUGGAGAUCCCCGACACGCUGCAGGAACUGUUCUCCAGGUACCGAGUGUUGGCAAUUGGGGAUGAGAAGGAUCGCAUCAGGAAGGAGGAUGCCCUUCACAGCGUGGACGACAUCCACUUACUGGUGCUGCAGAACCUGAUCCAGAGCACGCUGUCCCUGUCCAACAGCCAGAUGAAGUCCUGCCAGUCCUUCCAGACCUUCCACCUCUACCGGAAGUACCGGGAGCCAGUGCUCGCCAAGGCCUUCGUGGAUUGCCAGAAGAAGGGCCUGGUCAACCGGCGCCGUGUCAACCAUCUGCUGGGCCCCAAGAAAAACCGGGCCUUGCCCUUUGUGCCCAUGUCCUACCAGCUGUCCCAGUCCUACUACAGGCUCUUCACCUGGCGCUUCCCCGUUGCUCUGUGCACCGAGUCCUUCCACUUCUACCACCGGGUCCUGGCUGCCGGCAAGCUGGACCAGCUCGACUAUUUUGCCUUCAAAGACCAGGAUAGCAGCGACCCCGCCCACCACAUGGUGCCCUUCGCCCUGGACGGGCCCGGGGGCCACUGCGUCACAACCCUGGUCCUCUUCUCCCUGGGCCUCAUGUCCGUGGACAUCCGUAUCCCAGAGCAGAUCGUGGUGGUAGACAGCUCCAUGACCGAGAGUGAGGACAUAAAGAGCCUGGGGAAGGACGGGGGCUUGGAGGAUGACGAGGAUGAGGAGGAAGACCUGGACGAAGGCUCAGGAGCCAAGCGCCAGAGUAUGGAGGUGAAGGCCCAGCAGGCCUCGCACACCAAGUACCUGCUGAUGCGGGGCUACUGCGCACCCGGCAACGUCAGCACGCGCAACCUCAACCCCAACGACAGCGUGGUGGUCAACUCGUGCCAGGUGAAGCUGCAGCUGCGCAGCACCCCGAUGCCCGGCCGUCUCGGGCCCCUCGAAGCCACUCCUCUGGAAGAGCUCCCCGCGGGCAUCUCCUGCCUCCCUGACACCUUCACGCGGCUGGCGUGCCCACCGGCGCAGGCCUCCAGCGUGGAGGACUUUGCCCACCAGAUGGCGCUGGCGGGGUACAGCUCGGAGGAUGUGUGCGCCGCCCUGGAGAUCCGCAGCACCGUGGCCGCCGCCGGCGCCUUCGGGGUGGACAGGGACAAGCUGAGCAGGACCUUCGCAGCCCUGGAGAGCACGGGCGGCCAGCGCACCAAGACGUUCCCCGACUACAUCCAGGAGCUCCUGGAGCAGCAGCAGGUGCUGGAGGUGGGUGGGAACACAGUCCGCCUGGUGGCCGCGGCCCACGCUGACCCCUGGCUGCUGCACUCGGUGCGGCCAAGGGGCGAGGAGGAGCACACCACACCGAGGAAGCAUGCCCAGGACCAGCACCCCGAGGGCCCCGCGCACAGCCCCCCGAGCGGCAAGCGGCGUGCCCACCUAUCCAGCCAGAGCAGUGACCCUGGUGCCGAGGACACCUCGAGCCCCCCCACAAAGAGGCCCACGCUCCAGGACGUGCGGCUCACCUCGGCUCCUGAAAACGUGGGUGCAAGGGGCCCGGGGCAGGAGGGCCAGGAAGCUGCCAGUGCCCCCGAUGCCCCUGGCCCCGAGCAGCCCAGCUGUCAGGCCCCCUCUGUGGAGGAUGCUGGAGGCCCCACAGGGCUCAUGAAGAGCUGUGUGGUCCCCAGCCCUGCCCAAAUUGCUCAGGAAAGAAGGCACGAGGACAUCUGCUUCGUCAGCCGCCCGUGGCGCAGCGUGGACGGCUACGUGAACGUGCCUGUGUGCAAGGGCAUGAUGGAGGCCAUGCUGUACCACAUCAUGAGCCGGCCCGGCGUGCCCGAGAGCGUCCUGAUGGAGUACUACGAGGGCGUGCUGCAGCCCGUGGCCGUGCUCGAGCUGCUCCAGAGCCUGGAGUCCCUGGGCUGCGUGCGGAAGCGGGUGCUGAGGAAGCCCGCGCCCGUGUCCCUCUUCUCCCGGCCCGUGCCUGAGGAGGCAGCAGCAGAGGUGGAGGCGGUCCCCGGGCUGGGGGACAGCUGCGCAGCAUUCUACGAGCCCACGCUGGACUGCACCAUCCGGCUCGGCCGCGUGUUCCCCCAUGACAUCAACUGGAACAAAUGGAGCCACUUCUAGAAACUCUGGAAGGCCCCAGAUCGGGGCGUGGUUGCUUAGACCCCCGGGCUUGGGUGCACACGGGCCCCCUGCAGAGUGUCAGGCAGUAGCCCUGCCACCGGCCCCCUGGAUUGCGUCGUGUGCCAGCCACGGACUCCAGUCCCCACGGCCUGCGGCCGGCUGCCCACAUGCCCCAGGAGGAAGGGCCUCGGGACGAGCCACGACGGGACCCGCGGGGCAGCCGCCCUUCCCCUGUGGCCAGAAGGGAGGCGCCAAGGGCCCGGGGCGCAUCCUGUUUAGUUGGUUUUUUCCUUGAGUAGACGUUAGCCCCCUAGCAUGUUUGUAUUUAUUUUUGAUUCAAGCGAAGUCGAAGGUGUUUAGUGUAUUUCCUGAGCCAUCGUUGGCCCCACGGCUCAGGAGGGCUCUGACUGUGGCUGGUGGCCACCGCGUCACGGCACAGGUGACCGCGGGCCUUCGGUGGGCACAGCAGCCGACCCCGCCACCGCCCCGAAGCAUCCCAGGCCUGAGGGCGCCGCUCUCUGGCGGGUCUCUUCAGCUCACGUUUGAAUUUUUUCUUCAUUACCAACAUGUUAAAAAUGUAGAGUUUUUACAUUCUGAAAAAAGGAAUCCGAUUCUCAUCUUUUGAAAAAUGCAAAGUUCUAGUAACGGGGGACAAACCCACAAGUGCUGGACAGAGUCCCUCCCUCCCCAGCCCAGGGCUCCAC